UAAAAAAAUAUUUAAAAAAUAAAAAAAUUGUAUCAUAAAUAAAAACGAACCUUGUUUAUUUCCCACUUCUUCUUCCACGAGUGCAUCUGCUUCCCAUAGUUGUCCAUAACUUUAUGGACGAAGUGGUAAUAGAUAAACAACGUAUCAUCGGCAUUCCAGUUGAAUUGUUGCUGAAAAUAAAACACAAUUAGUAGAAAAUUAAUAUUAAAGAUGAAAAAAAUAAGUAAAAAAUAAGUAAAAAAUAGAAAACUUACCGCAAACUGUUGAAACCACAUAUGCUGCUUCUCGAGAGGGAAGUCGGUGAAAGUCGGAUGUCCAUUGUCGAGGGACGAGUACAUCAUACUGUUGAUCCAUCCGCUGAUCCCGUUCCCGGAUCGGUCAAACCUAAUAAAAAGAAUUAAUUAUUUUAGAAUUAAAUAUUUUAAAUGAAUCAAAUUUUAAUGAAAAAAAAAAUAGGUUUAAUUACCAUGUCUGACCCUGUCCACGUGGAUACUGAGUGAGAUAUGGAAGAUGGUCACGACCCGGCUGUCGAACAAACUCCGCAACUCUCAGAAGUGCCGGAUGAGCAGGAGCAUGAGCAGGAGCAGGAGUGGGUGCCACACCGGGAGCGGGAGGAGAAUGAGAGGGAAAUGGAGAAGGAGAUGUCUGGUAGGAGCUGUACGGCGAUGCGGAACCCGAAAUGGAGCCGCUCCCCGAACCACCACGACCACGACGCUGUCGAGAGCGGAGAGGAAGAGAAGAGAUAUGAACUUACAUGGGAAGAGAGGAGAGGAAGAGAGGAGAGGAAGGAGGCCGAGAGGAAGAGAGGAGAGGAGAGGAGAGGAGAUCCGUCGAGGAAGAGAGAAGAGAGGAGAGGAGAAGGAGAGGAGCCGCGAGGAAGAGAGAGGAGAGGAGAAGGAGGCGGUGAGGAAGAGAGGAAAAUCGAGAAGGAGAGAAAUGGGGAAGAAAAGAAUGAAAACCUAAUUUAUGAGGGGUCCGACGGACAGGGUCCGUCGAAAUUUCCUCGAAAUUUUUUAACGUGGUCGUCGAAAUUUCCUCGAAAUUCUCUUGUUGGCGGCUAGGGUUUCCUGGUUAAUGAAAAACAGUCCGAGGAAAACAUUCCUCGAAAUUUCCUCACAAUAUUGUGAGGAAAUUUCGAGGAAAUAGGGUUUGGGGUUUUGAAAACAUCGAUUUUUUUCCCUAUGUCAUUUCUUAUACAAAUGUAAUUCAUAAUAAUGAGGUUUCUUUGUAUAGAUGAUCAUAAAUAAUGAAAUAACACAAUUACAAAAAUUAUUGUAAGUAUUUCCUUUAACGUUUAUUAAAACGUAUAAGUGUUUAUCUUA